GCUCCCCAGCUCUCACAAGCACCAGGAUGCCACGGGGAGCACUCCGACUCACGGCGCCUGUUUUACGGUCUCGAAACGUCGCUUCUCGGUCAAGGCAACUCUAAAUGGGCGUUUUUACCCUCCUGACACUGUCCUCGUUGCCGGGAUAUUUUCGGAAGCCGCGAAAUGAAGCGCAUGAAUGUGAGCAACAAGAAGUAUCCUGUUGUUGUGUCUCCAGCAUCACUCGUCAAGUGCUCUCUGUGGAUUCCCUUCCUCUGUGGUUUGACUCGCGUGUUUUGAGUCAUUUAUGUUAGUUGCGGACCCACAACUUUCCUCUUCCCGCCUUUUUUGUCGUCUCUUUCGAGGUUUUCCGUCUCUGAAACAAAGAUUUCAAGAUACACCAACUCCGGAAAACCAGCGACUUGGCAUCUGCUUCCCCCGGCGGAAUAACCUUUGUUAGCGGUUAUUCGCCCUCCCAAGCAUCUUCUCAGGGCCACGCUGGAAGUCGCCUCCCAUGUGGCCGUCGGGAGUGGGGAGCAGGCAGCCGUGCCCGCGGGAGUCGGCGCUGCGCAGGGCGGCCAUCGGCGGGAACAUCAACGCCCUGCCGCCGCACCACGUCCCCACCGGCCGCAGCGUGCGGGUCUUCAUCUGCGCCAAUCCCGACGACACAGAAGCAGAAAGGAACGCACUGAAAGAACACGUCUACCCCAAACUGAGAGACUUCUGCAGGGAAAACUAUGGGAUUGAAUUCCAGGUUGUGGACCUGUACUGGGGGGUAGAUCCAGAGGAGUGGGACAGUCCAGAACUGCAGAGACUCAGGAUGAAACUCCUGGAGGAAUGUUUAAAGACCUCGGCUGGACCCUGUUUUGUGGGGCUGGUGGGAGAAAAAUACGGCAGCAUCCGAGUGCCAGGGGAGGUGGAAUCCGCGGAGUUCGAGAUGAUCUUGGACGCGGCGGUGGAAGCCGGCUUGGACACCCACAUUUUGGAGGAGUGGUACUGCAGGGAUGAAAACUCCGUACCACCCGCAUACUACCUCAAGCCCAAAGCCCAAAUGCUCAAGAACUACCAGAACUCAAUGGAGUCCAGCAGCGCAGCAAAGACCAAGAGUGACAAGGCCUGGAGGAACGUGUCGGAGGAGAUCAAGAGGAUUUUCCGAACAGCCGUGCUGCAGCUUCAAGAGAAGGGCACCAUGAAGAGCGCUCAGGCCAAGAAAUUCCUUUGCUCUGCCCUGGAGGAUGAGUUGGACUUUGCUCUGGGGAAACAAACGCCCGCCUUUCUCAGGAAAUGCGUCUGCUACAUUCGCAAGAUCUCCAACUUUGACCGCUUCGCCAAAAUCCCGGAGAUGUCGCGCUACAUGGACAUCGUGGUCAGCAGCGAUCGCGUCAUGCGCAACCAAGAGUCCUACGAGCGCCUCCUGAAAGUCCGGGACGAGUUCAUCCCCACGAUUGUGGCCGCCUCCAACCUGCGCGUCUACUCCUCUGUCACCCACUGCGACAUGAAGCUGGGCUACUCCCAGGAAGUGGAGAGUCACUACGUGGAGGGUCUCUGUAAGCAGUUCUACGAGGACAUGGUGGACAUCAUCCAGGCCACCGUCCAGCAGAACUUUGACACAGAAACCGACCCUUUGUACGACGAGGUCCUGCAGCAUCUGUCCCUCUGUAAGACCUACGCUGCUCUGUAUGAGUACAAGGCGGAGACGCUGGAUUAUGUGCAGGAGUACCUGAUGCCCUCCAAGGGGAGCAGGAUGAGCCCUAUGGUGGUGUUUGGAGGACCUUGCACUGGAAAGACCCUCCUGCUGUCCGAGGUGGCCAAACAGGCCUACACAUGGCUGCAGAAAGAAUUGGGACCAGAAACAGACCCAGUGGUUAUUGUUCGCUUUAUUGGCUCCAGCCAACUCUCUACAGACCUACGAACUCUCCUCCAGAGCAUCUGUGAACAGAUCGCAAUAAACUACCGCUGCCUGAUUCACUUUUUGCCUAACAAGAUUCAGGAGAUGAGGGAGCUUUUGAUUAACCUAUUAGGAGAAUCAUCGUUCCAUAGACCCCUGGUAAUCGUUCUGGACUCCUUGGAGCAACUUUCAGAUGCAGACGAAGCUCGCAAACUGUGGUGGCUUCCCAUACACCUGCCUCGCACAGUCCGCAUUGUUGUUUCAACGCUGCCAAACAAGCACGGCAUCUUGCAGAAGCUACGCCACCUCAUACAUGAUGAUGGAUAUUAUGUGGAGCUAAUCCAGAGGGACCGAAAAGCCUGCAGCCAAAUGUUGAAACAGCAAUUACUUGGGGUGAAAAGAAAAGUUACCUCCGGCCAGCAAAUCUAUGUGAAUGAGGCACUGGCAAAGUGUACCUUGCCGAUGUUUGUCAACCUCAUUUAUAGAGAAGUAGUUCAUUGGAGGUCUCAUAAAGAUGUGGAUGAUAAGUCCCUUUGCUCCACAGUGCAUGAGAGUAUAGAGCAGCUAUUUUACUCUGUGGAGAACAAACUGGGCCAACGAUUUGUCUUCCGAGCUCUGGGGUACAUCACCAUGGCAAAAGCUGGGCUAACUGAGGUUGAGCUUGAAGACAUCCUGUCCCUUGACAAUAUAGUUCUAGGUGAUGUCAUUGUGGCAACAUACCUAAAAAACCCUCUCAGGAUCUCCUACGACUUGGUUGCAAAGCUCAGAGAAGAGCUUGAGGGGUAUCUGAUAGAAAGGCAGGUGCGGAACAUCACAUUGUUGGUUUGGGCCAACCGGCAUCUCCAUCUCAUUGCCCAGAAGCUGUACCUCAGCAAUGAGGAGGACGUGCAUCAAAUGCACAGCCUCUUGGCUGAGUAUUUUUUAGGAGCAUGGGCAGGUGGUAGGAAGAAGAUUUUUACCUACGAUAACAACCAUUUCACCUCCCUCAACAUUUCUCACCACAAAAACCCUCAUCAUCAACAAUCCCAUGAGAAGGCGUCCUCUGAUAAAUACUCGUAUGACAGACAGACUCCCGAGCAGCCGUGGGUGUUCCAGUGCAACCUUUUGGAGCCUGACAUUUUCUUCGUAAAUCACAGAAAGAUGACGGAGCUGGUGUACCACCUUACAAGAAGUGGACGGACAGAUGACCUCAUGUUUGGGGUCAUCAUGAAUUUCAGCUGGCUCUAUACCAUGAUCAAGAUUGGCCAAUUUGAAAAGGCUUUGACAGACAUUGACCUUGCUUACAGCUGUUCCCAAGAAAAAGAGCUCAAAUUUCUGGCUGCCACUCUCCGUAGUGUAAAAGUAAAAGUGCUAAAAAACCCUGCAUCCUUGUCUGCAGAACUGCAACAAAGACUUCUGCCGGUUGUCGCCUCACUACCCAAACUCAGACACCUUCUCUUGGAGUGUGACAAAGAUGGCCCAAAGUACUGCUCUAUAAUGCCCCUCCAUUCAUCAAUGGAUGUCACCUACAGCCCAGAAAGACUUCCUCUUUGUUCAAGCUACAUGCAAAUUGUGGAAAUCUUGCCCACUCUUGCCCUGAACAUAGUCAUUGUAGCAUUGGAGGAUGGGUCCGUUAGUACUUGGGACGUAGAAAGCAGGCAACUCCUCCGCCAGAUUGACACUGCCAGAUCGGUUGUGCUAGGAAUCAGACUAACCUCUGAUGAGAAAUAUCUGGUCGUAGCUACGACCAAGAAUACUUUACUCAUCUAUGAUAACCACAAAUCCUGCCUUUUGUCAGAGGUUGAAAUUAAAGGGUCCAAGCACAGUGGUGUCAGUGGUGGGGUCGCUUUCAUCAAUGGUUUCACCCUGUCUACUCAUCAUGCACUUGCUUGGCUUGAAGCUAGCAAAGAUGUGAACGUAAUUGACCUCCUAUAUGGCUGGCCCCUCUACCAGUUCCAUUGCUGGUAUGAGGUGACGUGUGUCCAGUGCUCACCAGAUGGAAUGUAUGCCUUCUGUGGCCAGUACCUCAACACUACAUCCAUCUUUAACUUAGGAAAUGGGGACAAGCUGGCCACUGUGACAUCUGAGUUUUCUGGAGGGUUUGUCAAGUCCAUUCUUGUACUUGACACCCUUAACCAAAUGGUAAUGAUAGACAAUGAAGGAAGUUUGUCAGUAUGGAGUACUAAAGAGAUAACCAACCCAAAGCUCAUGGAGGAUUAUGAUUGUAGAGGAGAUGAUAGUGAAGUGGUCGGUAUCGAGUUAUCUGAAGACCAGCGGUCUAUCCUGAUUUGCAAAGCUAGGAGUAUAGAGGUUCUUGACACAAAAGUGUGGAAAAUGGUUGAGAAGUUCAAAGCAAAACGUACUGAACGCUUUGUGGCUGCUGUUCUCUCCAAGAAUGGACAGAGUAUUGUCGCCUCCAUGGAGAACACGUCCUCCAUCUUUGUCUGGAGGAGGGACAGUGGACAGUGCAUGGCGAGUUUGAUCGAGAUCUCAGGGGCUAUUGUUAAGCUCAUCAAAUCUGUUCACCACAAUUUGCUCCUCUCUGUUGCCAGCAGUGGAGUUCUAUCAGUUUGGGACAUCGACAUAAUCACCGCCAUGUCUAACAUUGACAAAACAGGCAAGAAGAUCCAGACCUUGCAACUGUCUGGCCGAGAGGAUUACGUGUUUACAAUGGAUGGCUCUGAAGCUGUCCACAAGUGGAACUUUAACACCGGCUUUAUUGAGGUGGUCUUCAAGCACGAGGGCACAGUGGAGAACUGUGUCCUCACUUCCUCAGGGGACCUCAUGGUGACUUCUGACGACAAGUCCAGUCAGUAUAUCUGGCAAACCAAUACUGGAGAAAACAUCUUUCGCAUCAAUGGACAGAGAAUAUCCCAGCUGCUAAUCACCCAUAAUGACCAGUUUGUGGUGUCCCUAUGUGAGCAGAACGCUUCUAGAGUCUGGAGACUUGCUACAGGGCACAAAGUAUGCAACAUCUUAGUACUGCUCCAGAAUGCAGUGAUAACAACGGCAAACACUUUCCUUGUGGGAACGUCUAAAAAUAAGCUACUUGCUGUUAGCCUGUGGUCAGGGAGUGUGUCAAAGAAGUUUGUCUGUGAUGAUGGCAUCACCAUUGUCAACUUCAGGCUCAUACCCGACUGCCCCGACUGUGUGGUCUUCAUCACCUCUACCGAAACCGUCUUUAUUUGGAGUGUGGCGGACGAGUCUGUGUGUAGACGAGUCCAGCUUCCAACCAACUUCCUCAAAAACCUCGAGGACUUUCAGAUUUCCCCCAACGGAAAAUUAGGAAUAGUUUCCAAAGGUGAUGAGAGUAUUAACGUCCUUGACCUUCACAGCGGCAAGUUAAGGCUUGUUCAUGCUGCCGGCAUAAUCUGGCGUCAGAAAUUAUCGAGAGAUGGACGCUAUUUGGUUUACGUUUGCUUCCGUAACUGUGAUGAGGACGACGAUGCUGGAGUAGUGUCCAAUCUGAUAGUGAUGCGUCUUGCUGACGGCAAGAGCAUUGGAACAUGCUCUCUUUACAAGACCCCAACCUUCCUUGCUCUCUCCCAGCGAGCGCUAAACAUCAUCAUCGGCUUUGAGGAUGGCAGCAUCGGCACAUACACAGUUGUCGAUCGAGUGGAUGCUGCUCUCAAAAUUAAGAUAGCCACCUCCAACAGCCGACAGAUCGUCAACAACGCCUCCCAGAAGGUGCGACCCAAAUGUGUGAACCAUUCCUUUAAGAGCAUUGCUGACUGUGUCUGGAGGGAGUCAACGGAAGUCUUCUCCAGGGACAGCCCCAGCAACGUCUCGGACUCUGGAGAGGGUGAGUCCACAACACCUACGAAAAAGGCUGAACUGCUCCAGUGAGGAGCAGAGAGAAGAGGAGUUAAAGAAGUCUUUUCAGGGGGCGGGUGGGAGACGUGUCACAAAUCUCAGAAUCUCUGGGGUAGCAGUUGAUUCUUGUUUACAGCCAAGUGAUUCAGCUGCAAAUUUCAGGCCUGUGGGUGGUCAAUAGGCCGACCAUUUUAACGCUGCAUACAAAUGAUGUAUUACUUCCAACUUCAGAUGUUCUUUAUGUUAGUUUUACACAAGAAGACUGUUAAAAAAUACUGUUUUACAGAAGAAAAAAAUGUAAACUCUGUAAGGUCUUAGUUUGCCAUUAUGUGUCCUUUUGCAUUUGAAGAACUAAGCUAUGAUUCAGAUUUGUUGGUCAAACAUUUUCAUAGCCAUUCCAGCGAUCUUAGCUACUGUCAUUGACUUUAUUUACAUUGUACACACAAAGCCAUAUUGUUCUUGAGAGUAUAUUUAUGUUUGUAUUAACCGCUGGCAGUACUGUACAAAAAAAAAAGAACUUUGAACAUAUGUACAUAUCUCUUUUCGGCUGCUGCAACAUGUGCAACUCCUUAAAAUGUUACGUUGUGCUUAAUGCAAUCAAAGUGAGUGCCUGGAAAUAAAAAUGUUCCUUAUGUGCAUAUUACAAGAUAAUGAAAAUGCAGGGACUUUGUAAACACACUAUACGCACCAUUGCAUAAUACUUGCAAUCCAGUCGACAUCAGGAGCGAUUGAUGGCAUUUCUUUCUGGAGUGAGAGCUGUAGGGAUUUCUUGGAACGGGUUAUGUGAAUUUAAAGUGAGUUGACCUGCAGUUCCAUUCGUUUGUGUGCGGUUCAUUUUUAAGGGAAACACCACUAUAGAGCAAACAGUGUAGCAUAGCACCAUACACAUUUGAGCCUUAACCAGUGUACUUGCUUUAGGUUUUGUGGAGUUAGUUCAGAUGUUUCAGUGUAGGAGGACAGAGUGAGUUUUCUUUCUGCAACAAAUCAGCUGUGUGAACAUAUGUACAAGUUUUUUCAGUAGAUGGAAGCACUUUAGGAAAUGUUUGUGAAAAUAAUGCUUGGUUUAUUCAGAAUAAAUAACAUUUUAAUUGUUUAAAAAAAACUAGGUAGUUAGUCUGUUGACAGAGACACAGUAGAUCCUUGCAGGCUUACUUGAAAUGCUGCAAUCGCCCUACAUAUGCCAGUUUUGAAUAAUACAUGAAGAUCCUGUCAUCUUAACAACAUACUUCAAAGAGGAGCCAUUUGGAAAUCUAUCAGAAUUAAAUUGGGGUCAAGAAAAUGACAGAGACAUAGUGUCAAAAAACGCUGUCAAAGCCAGAAGUCUUAUCACGUAAUAAAGGAAAUGAGAAAUAUAUUUUCAGUAUUAAAAAUCUCAAGACAAAAGAUAUGUGGGAUAACAAGCAACUAAAAACAUAUUAGACUUUCUAAGCACAAGUUCAAAGAAAACCACUUCAAAUGUUUGUCUAAGUUUUGGAGAUAGUAUACCAGCUUUGUCCAAAGGUUUGUGCUUAAAGAAAUCAUCAGUUUACCAGAGUUAGUUCUAUGACAUAAGUCAGGUCAGUUUUACAUUUAUAACCAGAGGAUAGGUUGUCCCUCUAAAUAGAACCAAGUCUGAUUUCAAUAGGGCUUCGCUGGUUUCUCACACAAGUUUUGCUCAAUUAAAUCAACCAGUUCCUGUUAAUAUGAAGCUAAAAUUUGGCUUUCAUGUCCCAAACUGACCUGUGAUACAUUUUGCUAGUCUUUAGCAAGAUACUUCAUGUCUAGAAUAGAUCUAGCCCCAAAUCUCUAAUCAAUAACCCAUGUGGUCCAACUACAAAUAUUUGCUGUUGUAUUCCGGAAGUGGCUGUUUGAUAUUGAAACAGUGAAACCAACUGGGAUCAAUAAAGUCUUGUGGUUUUGUUGAAAUUCUUUUUCUGCUUAAAUAGAAGAAAACAAAAAACAUGUAGUCAAAAAAGGAUAGACUUGUAUCGCCAAUGUACGUUAAUGGACAGCCAACAUGGUUUCUAUACAUUCAGUGAUCAUGCCAUAUAUUCCAGAUACGAUAUCAUCUAAUCCUGGCCUUUCUUUAAAUUGAUCAAUAGACGUGCUGAUGAUUUAUUAGUCACCUGUCAAUCAAAAUCUUCUAUUUGUGCACAAAUUUAAUGAUAAAUAUGAAAGACUUAUCAGGCCAAAAAAAUUGCAGUGCUAUUUAUACAUAUGAAACACUUAAUACGUGUCUUCAUUUUUUGUUGUUCAGUUUAAGUAUUUCAGAUUUAAAUCUUUUUACCAAAAUGCCCUUGAGAUUGCUUAUGAAACUGACCCGGCUCCAUUUUCUUUAGUUUACAAAUUCUCAUUCUGGAAGUCAAAGAGUAUUUGCUUGGUGCAUGCUAGCUAGCUGUGAGGCUAAGCCUUAUCGUGCCAUUUUCACAACGUAUGGCAUAAUAUAAGGUAAAAAAUAAACACACAUCAGUUGGCUUUUUUUUUUAGGAUCUGUUGCGCAUAACAGAUAUACUAUUUUUACUUUUUUUAUUUUAAUUUAUGCUAAAGGUACAUCUUAGGUACUGUUUUUACAUCUGUUGUCAGAUAAGUGCACAUUACUUUUUCUCCAACUGGCAACACGAUGCAACGCACAUUGUCAAGAUUGUCCACAAGGAUACCUUCAACCGGAUCGUCAUUUGGAAGUUUCUUGGACUAUAGCACACACGGUGAAUAUGUCGUGCAGAGGUGGUAUUUUGUGGAUUAAGACUAGCAGAGAUAAUGGUCAGCCGACAAUCUUAAAAAAAUAGAUAAAAAAUCUGGAUCUGUGACAAGAAUAACUGAAACACGAAUUGUAUCUAGCUUCUACGAGUCCAAUUGACUCACGAUCGAUGA